AUGCCCUAUGAAAUACUUGUCGAUGAUGCCAAGCUGGUGAAACCGAUCAAGACCCGGUUGGAGGGCCAACGGUGCUUCGUGAAGCCGAUCUACCGGGACGGCGACCGACGUGUGAUCCGCACCACGAUUGACGACGAACACGAUCCCCUGAUUGCUGAUUUCUGCAAGCGAUUCUACCGCAGUGAGGUUCCCGAUGAUACGGGCAUCGUGGGAUUCACUAGGAGGUUUCUCGAGAGCGAGGGCUGCGAACAAACAGAAGCGCUGCUGGAUUGUCUGCCAAGACGGUACACGAUCUACUCGCCGUUGCUGCUGUUCAAUCACUCUACUCACAGGUCGUUCGAGCACCCGGCGUGGAGGAGCUACUUCAGCGAGGUCGGCGAGGCGGCCAAAGCGAAGUACUUUCGGCAGAUGCUCGCCCAGCUGUUCCCGCCAGAGAUCAGCCAUGUGGCGACAAACAUGCCCAUCGUCGAGACGGACGUGAUGCGGCGACCCUUCAACAUAGCACCGCUGUACGGCACGCUGCUGUCGCCACAGGCCGGCGCCGUCGGCCAGCUGCGGGCAGACCCGCAGCCCGCCGACUUCGACAGAACGCUCUGGUGCCACGUAGUGCAGAACGGGAUCCACCAGCUGUGGGCGCCGAUGUUCACCAUGUUCAGCAGGGGCAACAUCAAGGAGAAGAAAAGAGUGCUCGACGUGUUCCCCGAGAUCGAGGGCAACGAUGUGGUCGAUCUGUACGCCGGGAUCGGGUACUUCACGCUGAGCUACCUGAAGCGCGGCGCCAGACGUGUCUUCUGCUUCGAACUGAACCCGUGGAGCGUCGAAGCGUUGCGCAGGGGCCUCGAUGCCAACUCCUUCAGCAGAGACCGCUGCUGCAUAUACAACGAGUCCAACGAGACGUGCGUGCAGAGAAUAAGCGAGUCCAGCGUCCGCGAUUUACGAGUCAGACACAUCAACCUGGGCCUGCUGCCCUCCAGCAAAGCCGGCUGGCCGCUCGCUCUAGCGAUCGUCUCGAUGCAGCAGCCGCUUCCCGUCGUGACCCUCCACAUCCACGAGAACGUGCAUGUCAGCGCCAUCGACAGCGGUUCGUUCGUCGCCGAGACUCUAAACCAGCUGGCCCAGCUCAACGGCUCGUACAGCUACGCUGCCGCACACCUCGAAAAGAUCAAGACCUUUGCGCCCGACGUCUGGCAUGUGUGUCUCGAUGUCGACGUCACUCUCUCUACCUCUCAUAUUCGGUUGUCCUAA